AUGACUUCCUCCGACGCUACAGCUGAACGCUUUCUUUCUUUCAGUGGUCUGGAACCAGAAUCUGCAUUUCGACUGUUCCUGUCUAGGCUUGGACAGCUUGGCAGUACCUCGGUCAUCGUGCCUCCUUCGGUUAGCAUGGCGACUAGAUACCAAAAGAGAGUUAGAGCUGAGCUGUUGCUUGGGCAACCUGGCAGUACUCCAGCCCUCGCGCAACCUUCGAGUGGCAUGGCAGUUAGGCACCGAAAGGGUGCUAGAGCUGAACGAUUUUUAUUGAUUGGGUUUUGUGCGCCGAUAAAUAUCGGCGGAUGUUCACGCACUAGGUGGCCUGGGGCGAGAUGGCUUAUUGGUAAGAGUGCGAAUUUACUGAUCGGAAGUUCCGUGGUUCGAACUCGACCUCUGCAUCUCGACUGCCCUUCUCUGGGCUUGGGCAACCCAGCACGGGAUACGUUCACCUCAGAGGCCUACAAGAUCCAACUGAAGAAUAUACAUAAGUACACUGGAUUCAAGGUCCGUGGUUCGAACCCGACCUCUGUCUCUCGACUCCCCUGUCUAGGCUUGGGCAACCUGGCAGUAUCCCAGCCCUCGUGCAACCUUCGGAUGGCAUGGCAGUUAGGCACCGAAAGGAUGCUACAGCUGAACGAUCUUUAUUAA